UGAGGCUCCUUUUCAUUUCGAUCUCCGCAUUCUCCUACCCAAAUGGCUUCUGCGUAUGGCGUUAUUGGAAUUCAAAAUGCUACACCUUGCGUGGUUUGCGGCGGCCGAUCUCUGUGGAAUCAGAAGAUACUGUUGGCGAUUUGCCCGUCUCCGUCUACCAGAACAGAAUCGUACUAUAUAUACUUGUAUUUUGGAGAAGGUCAUCCAGAGUAAGCCUCGACAAUAUUAUAAAAGCAAUGUCCUUCGGGGGGAGGCUCAUAGCGGACACUGGACAGUCAACCCAUCUCCUCACGUGCUUCUUCGGGCUGUAGGUAAUAUCUACGAGGUCAUCGAGUGCACGCGGCGAUUUUGUAGCGGAUCGAACUCGAAGACAAGUCCAUCGGAGGUUGAUAUCGCGACGACUGCCCAGGAAGAGGACGAGGAAGGAAGGAACGAGUCGAGAGAAUAUGAGCGCGGAAAGCUCUGGCAGAUUUCAGAAUACGACAUCUACUGACAGGAUGCUGCAGAUGGGACGAUAUCGAAUUCGAAAUAGGGUGGAGAGAACAUAUGAAAUGGAGGGGGAACGCAGCCUUCUGUCGAACUUUCUCGCCGCCAUCGAAGUAGUUCCAUCAGAUGUACAAAGAUCAUCCACGAGGCUCUAGCUGCAAACCUGUGUGCGAAGCACACAGCAAUCAAGCUGUGAAACGAUAAUACAUGUGACGCACCUUAAAAUAUGGCUUAAAUGAAACAGUGCCCAACUUCCUCAACUCCAAUCUAAACACCCACUUAUCGCUGGUGAUUUGAGCACUGAGUGUGUCUAAGAAGCAACCUUGGACACACUGCAAGAUCUCUGUGCAUUCUCUGAUACGCAACUC